AUGAAGAAAAUAACAGACUUUUAUGCAAAGAAAUCAGGUAAGUUCGUGGUUCUUUUUCAAAAGAAGUAGUUUAAUUUAAUUCUAUAACACCAAAAACUGUUUUCAACAGCCAGCAUCCUCGACAUACCGUGUAAUUAAUAAACAAAGUGCAUACGUUUUCCAUCACGCCGCCAUCUUGCCAACUGGCUGGCGAGAUAAUCAUUCCUUUCAAAUAUAAACAUUUCGCAGAUUCAGCGACUGACGAAUCAGGGUCUGAAGAAUCUGCGAGUAAUAAUGAAGGUAUUAACGAAGGUAAGCAGAAAUAAAAUUGUCAUUAAACCGAGGCAGAUACAUUAAAAUUUAUCAUGAUAUUAUGACUUAAUUAAUACUUCUCUAAAUGAACUGUCAUGAUAAAUACAGAAAGAAGCUGUUCUGCUCCUCCGAACAAGUUGCCAAAACUCAGCAACCCGGCCGAUCAAGCUGGAGUGUCCGGGAUCGAAGGUAGAAAAUUCUAAUUUUUUUUUUUAUCUGAAUGUUAAACUUAUAUUGACCAGUCCGAGAAAAAAAGUAUUUAUUCAAAUGAUGCAAGAAGUCUGGAGAAUUCCAAGUAAAACUGACUAGUAUUAAUUUCGUUUUGUACACAGCUUUGCCUGAUGAGGUAUUGGUCGAGGUGUUUAAAAACUUCUCCCUUAAAGAAAUGCUUAAAACAUUGUGCCUGGUCUCACGAAGGUGGAGGGAGGCACAUUGUAAACAAUAACAACAUUCUGUGGAGUUGCCUCCUUCUUGAUGAGUGGCACAUGACAUAUUUAAGUGAAGAACAAUUUAUGAACAUCAUGUCACACUCCAGUGGGUUCAGAUAUUUAUCCAUAAGAUAUAUCGUAAUGACAACAUCCGAAAUGAGGCUGGAAGCAUUACUAGGAAAUAGUAUAGAAUUUUCUAAACAUUUGAGAUAUUUGGAUUUAAGUGGACAACCGAUAUCAUCCCUUAAUUUCCUAUUGAUUGAGUCCUCUCCUCUUGAAACCUUGAUCCUUAAUGACUGUCAAAAAAUGGAUACCUGUUGUUGUACUGCUAUUUUAAAGCAAUUAAGAAAUCUUAGAAUAUUAUCGCUCAACUGAGUAGGAUUCACUGCCAAUCAAGUGGCAACAAUUACUGCCUCUUUAUGCUUAUUGAAUGUUCUGUGCCUGGUUGGUGUAAGCCUUGUGAGGGAAGACAUAAGACUGAUUUUGCAAAAAUUGAAUCACCUUCAGUUUUUUGAAAUGUCUUGCAGUUCUGAAGAUAAAGAACAUAUCUAUGCUCUAGGGGAAGAAUAUGACGUUAGUUUUGUUUGCCGCUAAGAGUAAAAGUAUGUUAUAUAACACGGUGGCAUAACAGUGUUGUGUUAUAGAAAAUAGUUUAUUAUAACAUUUACUGAAGGUCUAACCAAGACAUUUUGUAUCAGCAGGCUAUGGUAUUUUUUUUUUUAAUUUGUGUGUAUGACAACUUCAAAUAUUGUCAAUUGAAAUUUUGUCAAAUAAAAAGUAUGUGUGUUCAAUUUUUAUUGAGGUUAUUUGAAGUAGGUAAGGGACUAACAUAUUAGGGGUUAUGAAUGUAUACAAAUAGUUGUUUUUAUAAAUUUUAGAUGUAGUUACAAAAGGCCCUGUGGCUGCCACUUCUGGCUCAACCACAGGCACAAAGAUCGAUAUGGGUACUGUUGUGAAAGCUGCUGAAGGCUCGUGGGGUGUUUUGAAGCGAUUAUCGCAGGAAAUUACAGAUGAAAAAAGAAUGCAAUACCUUACGUUUCACUGGAAGCCUUCUGAGUCCGAUAUACUUCAUUCUCAUCAAGUUACCAAAGGAAAGAAGACGUGGAAAGUUUCUUUUCAAUCCCAAUGGCUAAAACAGUUUCCCUGGCUUUGCUACAGUAACUUACUUGAAGGUGGUAUUUGUAGUCACUGUAUCUUAUUCCCUCACAAAGUUACCAAGGGAACAACACCAGGUGUAUUGGUCACAGCACCAUACCAGAAAUCGUACACUAAGGCACUUGGCAAGGAUGGCAUCCUCAACUGUCAUGAGCAAUCUGUGAUGCAUAAAUAUGCAACUGAACAGGCAGACCUCUUCAAACAAACUUUUGAGAAUCCUGACAGGUGUAGAGUAGAUUCCCAGCUGGCCACUGAGAACAAAGAAAUUCUACGACAGAUUGUUUUGGCUGUAGAGUUUCUGGCAAAGCAGAGUCUGACCUUUAGAGGUCAUCGUGAUGAUCGUGUUGAUUUUUCUAGUUAUGAAAUUAACAGAGGAAACUUUGUUGCCCUGCUAUAA